UACCACGCUGUCGGGGAUUGCACGCCUGUUGUAUACAGUUAACAUGGACAUCUGACAUUCACCACAAAUUCUAGCGAACCAAACGGGACGUUUUUGUCUUCCCCGGUGACAAAAAUAAUGCAGUCCAUGGAUAAAGUGGCCAACUACAACGCCCCCUGCGUUGUGCUGGGGAAGCCGCGACUAUGGUGGAUCUUCCUUCUCUCCAGCAUCCUGACGCCCUUCAUCCUGGCAUUUUUUGUCCUGGUCUUCCGUUUCACUCGUUAUUUCGCCUACAAACGACGAAUGGAGGGCAUGGCCAAGACCAGCAUUGUUAUUAACCGUGAACAACGAUAUGGACCCAAAGUAACAUCGUGGCGUGUCGGAGAGGUAUGGCGGUGGUUCAAGAAUAUGCAAAUGGUGGAGGAUAACAUUGUCGUUUUGCUCAUUCGCAAUUUUGCUGACCAUGUGGUCAAUCCACGUUAUUUUGCCGGCAAACUUAUGUUGCUGCUGGAGUUCUGCUUCAGUAUGGGCUCGCUGUUCAUCUAUUACCAAGAUGUCUCAACGAGUAAAAUUGUCGAUGUGGAGAUUUGUCGGCCGUUUAUGCGGAAUGUCAGCCAGCAAGUGGACUUCGCCUUCAACUGUUUCUUUCUCUUCCAUUUUAUCAUGCGAUUUUGGGCGUCCGAAGAGAAAAUCAUCAUGAUCUUUGAUCUAUACAGCAUCAUCGACUAUUUCACCGUUCCGCCGGCUUUCGUCGGACUGAUAUUAGACCGGCGCUGGGUUGGUCUGCGAUUUCUCCGUGUGAUCUAUCUACGCAAAGUGUCUACACUCUUAGCGGCACUGCGCAUUCUAAAAUCUCCACCCCACAUCAAACUCCUGCAACUGGGAUUAACAUGGAUCGCUAUUUUACUGGCAGCUGGCGGCUUCUUUCAUUUGCUGGACGCUUCGGGUGACUUCUUCUUCACCGAUUACAACGGCCAGCGCGUAUCAUACUGGGAAUACUGCUAUUUCGCCUUCACCACCAUGUCGACCAUCGGCGGUUCGGAGACCAAUCCCAAGACGAUCCUCGCCAAAUUGUGCAACUGCAUUCUUGUCUUCAUCGUUUUGGCUGUCAUUUGUUUUGCCAUACCGGAUGUAAAAGACAUGAUGGGAUCGCGAAAAAAGUGGGCCGGCGAGCAUCGAGCCGUACAUAACGAAAGGCACAUUGUGGUGUGCGGUGACGUCUCCUUCGACUCGGUGUACUCACUUUUUAUGGAACUCUUCCAUCCGGAUCGCGAUGUACACGAUAUCAAAAUCAUCUGUCUGGACGAGCGUGAACCCGAUCUGGAGUUUACGCGUUUUCUCAAGCGCAACACCUGGCGUAUCGGCUACCUACAGGGCUCGGUACUGGAACUGGAGGAUCUGCGGCGAGCUAAAUUGCACGAAGCCGACGCGUGUAUGAUUUUAGCCAACAAGACCGCAGCCGAUAUUGACGCCGAGGAUAGCAGUAAUAUUAUGUGUGUGGUUGCCGUCAAGAACUACCAUCCCAAAGUGCGGGUGAUCAUGCAGCUCCUGCAGUAUCGCAGCAAGACAUACCUCACCAGCAUCCCUAACUGGGACCCGAUGGGGGGCGACGAUGUCAUCUGCUUGCCGGAAAUCAAACUAGGACUAAUCGCGCAGAGCUGCAUCGCACCCGGCUUUUCAACAUUGUUGUCCAACAUGUUUGCCGCGCGCUCCGGGGAAUCGGGACGAAGCUGCCCCGAAUACAUGGAGAACUACUUGGCCGGAGCCGGCAUGGAAAUGUACACGGAGAGACUGAGCAAUUCUUUCCUUAAUCUUCCCUUUAUCAAAGCUGUCGAAAUCUGCUGUGAGCGCUUGCAUAUUCUUCUCUUUGCUGUCUCCAUUGAAACGGCCGGUAACGAACUCAGCCAGGUCAUCGUUAAUCCCCAUCCCAGCUACGUUAUUCGUACCGGCGCCAGUGGCUGCUUUGUUGCUGAUUCAGCGCAGCAAGUGCAACGGGUUCUCUACUACUGCUCCAUGUGUCACGCCGAUGUUGCGGAUCCCGACGCUAUCAAGCCGUGCCAGUGCGAACACAUUCAGACAAAAGAGCGUGCAGGCAGUAAAAAGCUCUCCGUUGACGACCACCGGCGUGGUUCCAAACUGUACAAACGACGCGGCACACGGAUCGGCAAACGGUUAGUACCCAAUGGAUUAACCAAAAACAUUGCUGCCGAAAAGGCCUAUGGUUCGGAACGGCUGGAGGAUGCGGAGACAUCCAUGACGAACUACAACCUCGGCAUCGUCUACGUCGACGACGAGGAUGAACCUAUUAUCGACGAAGAAGCCCCGGUCGUCAGCAGCAGUUCAGAACUGGAAUUCUCGUCCUUUGAGGAAAAAAUUGUCUAUUAUAUGCGCAACUUUGGCAGUCUAGAGCACUGGGAGCGAGCGCGCAACACAUCGCAUACUCCCGAUGCUUCUAAGGAAGAACUGAGUCAGUUAAUGGAAUACAGUGAGGAGCCGCGUUUCGACUCUACUGGCAUGUUCUGGUGGUGUCCGCCGCGAGCUUUUACCUCGGAAGUCAUUAACCGUUUUGAGGCGGCCCAGCUCAACUUCCAUAACCACGUCGUCAUUAUCGUCUUCGCCGACGAGGACUCCACACUGAUGGGCCUGAACAACUUGAUCAUGCCGUUGCGCUGUAGUAACGUCCCAUAUGACGCACUGCCGCACGUGGUCAUUCUCGGUAAUCCCAAAUUCUUGAUCCAUGAGUGGCCAGCUAUUAUCAACUUUCCCAAGAUCACCGUUGUCAAGAUUCACCAUUUGAGCCGCGCAGACCUUCGUGCCGUCAACAUCGACCAGUGCCGACAGUGUGUACUGCUGUCGGCAGCGCUUAGUCGUGGCCAUGAUGACAUGCUCCUCGCCGACAUCGACCCGAUUCUGACGACGCUAACCAUCAAAGCCAUGCCGUUUGGCGACAGUUCGCUGCCUAGCCAGCUGGCCGAAACAGCGCCCAUCUUUAAGGCGAAUAAGUCCACAGGCCAGCCCAGCCCGUAUCGCAGCCGCGCGUCCAGCAAUUACCUGCUUGCCAAAGACCAAAUGGCGGCCAACCAGUCGGCGCUGCGUAACCGGCGCUCCUUAGCACCAUCCAACAGCGACCUGCCCAACAAUCAUCCGCUGGGCAACCCCCGCUCGCCAUCCAAUCUGAACCGGUCCUCCUUCGAAGUGCCGGUGAAUUUCCGUGGGGUGGAACACGGAUGGUCUAUUCCCAUCCUGACCGAAUUGGUGCAUGACUCCAACGUGCAGUUUGUCGAUCAGGAAGACGAUGAUAUCAACGACUUCUUCAUGGCGGAACCGUUUGUCUGUGGACAGGCUUUUACUACCAGUGUUUUGCAGGCGCUUAUGGUGUCGACAUUCUUCAAUCCCUACACACUGUCCAUCAUACGUUCGCUGAUCUUUGGCGGUGUGACACCGGAACUGGAGCAGAUCCUGGCCGAGGGUACUGGUCUCAUUGGUGGACCGCAUCUGUCGCAGGUUAAUCCACAUCCCGACCGCUGCCGGGUGGAUCAAAUAUCUUUGGAAGACUAUCGCUUUGCGCGGCACAUGAGAGGCACUUAUGGGGAUCUGUUCUUCGACGCCCUGCGCAACUACAGCAUGAUCUGUCUGGGCCUGUACCGCCGCAUCCAGCCCGAAGGUACCGGACCGCGUUCCGCCCGCCGCUACGUCAUCACCAAUCCACCCAUCGACUUCCCGCUGGUGCGCGAUGAUAAGGUCUUUGUUAUUGCACGUUUACGCUGGUCCUAGUCGAGAACCAGCCGCUAGCGUAGCGCCUGGCGUCGCUCUAUUUGCGAUGGCGCUUUCAUUGCUUCUUAAAUUCAUCUGUGUUUAUGUGCGCUCCACCGAUUUUAGCCAGUUUAUUGAUAAAUAAUAUUGUAAAGGUUAAUAAAAGGCAUCCUAUGCCUCGAUUAAAAAGGUCACGCAUUUUAGCGCUUGGAAAUAAAUUGGCA